CAGCUUCGUAUGCGAACGCAUCAACAACUCCUGGACUCCGGACUUCAGCUCAAGACUGGAAUAAUACAAUUAUUCGGGAUUUAAGAUUGAUUUCCAAAGCCUGCAGAAAACAAGAUAUAACACAGACAGCUGUCUCUGGGAAAGAUGUCUCAACAAAAGAAGAAUCUGCUGUGGCUCAUGAUCUCGAUCAUCUGUUAUGCUACGUGUGAGAUACCCAACUCAGAACCCUCAUCAGAUCAGCAAUUCUCUGGCAGCAGUAUCUCAACGGUUUCAGUUGUUAAAGGUACCUGUCCAUCAAUUGAUGGCAAGGAUGAAAAUGUCGAACCCUCAGAAGCAUCAGACUGCUUGGAACAACUGGAGUCUAACAUGGAAGACAUGGUAAUUAAGAAAAUAAGCAGAGCACAGUUUGCCGUGGGGGACGCUAUCGGUCUGCUCCAAAUACAUGACAAGAGCAUGACGACCCAAGACAUAUGCUACUCAUCAAAUACGAGCAUGAUCAACGUCGUUGACUGUCAAGAUAUCCAAAAUGCUAACUUUUCAUGGGCUGUAAAGAUUCCCAAGGAAGCAUUGAGUAAAUCACAACUAAAGAACAACGGAAAUGCGUUUGUCACAAUCCUAAGAUUGAUGAAUAUGAGAAACAAGAAUCAAACUAAAAACCAGACUGUUUUGAACAACAAGGUUUAUGGAAUAACAAUGAGUGCCAAUAUCUCCAACCUUACUGAUAAUAUUGAAAUGUUCAGUAAACAGAGUGGUCCGGUCAGUGAGGCAUCCUGCCAGUCUUGGAAUGGAAAAGGAGAGCUUAAUUGGACGACGUUCGGCUGUGAGACGGAAAUAAUCGAACAAUUCAACACUAUCAAGUGCUCCUGCUCACAUCUGACGUUCUUCGCAGUGCUGAUGACCCCUCCGUCUCAGUCAAACACAAAUGAAACAGCAAAGAAUCUGGAAACACUGACUUAUAUCACUUAUAUCGGCUGCGGCAUCUCCAUGUUUUUUCUGUCCAUCGCUUUAUUCAUGCAUUUCCUGUUACGGAAAGCCAAGUCAAACCAGGCCACGAAGAUCUUGAUGAACAUGUUUGGGUCUUUGUUUCUACUGAAUGCCUCGUUUUUGUCAAACGAGAGCGUCGCUAACACACAAGACAACGCUGCGUGCGUCUUCAUAGCGCUGCUCCUGCAUUACUCCAUGCUGGCCUCAUUCACCUGGUUCUUCAUUCAAGCUCUUCAUAUGUACUUAUGGCUCAUCAGACAGAACGUCACCAUCACAAACUACAUGAGGAAGAUCACCGUGUUGGGCUGGGACUGUCACGUUUUGAGGCACAGAAUAAAACAAUGGUGAGGAAGUCCACCCCUCAUACCAACGACCCGGUACUCUGCUUCACCCCAGCGGACGUGAGGAAAACACUUUAUAGAGUUAACCCACGGAAGUCUGCUGGACCGGACAACAUUCCAGGCAGAGUACUAAAGGAGUGUGCAGAGCAGCUAGCGGAUGUCUUCACUGAUAUCUUCAAUAUCUCUCGGAGCAGCUUUGUCUCUUUCCAAUGUGCCUCAAAACAACAACAGUUUUUUCCCACAAGCCAUCAGACUCCUCAAUA